UAACCAUGCCUAAUAACAAAGGUUAUGUAAAUGUGUUACCGCGAAUUUUCAUUCAUUAGUUUCUUAACGAACGGAAACCUAAUGCCGCAGAGAUCCACCGAAAACUAUUGCAAUGGAUAGACUGGAAACCGUAUUACGUUCUUUCUACAAAUACUUCAGUUCGUAUCCGGCUAAAUGGAGAGACGUAUUACAAGAUUAUAGCGAAUGCUCUACGGCACUGUGUAACGAAAUUGAACAGCUUCAGUUAAUAAAGAGUGUUGGGGACAAAAAAUUGAAGAUACUGGAAAUCCCUCUGUUGAAGCAAAAUUUGCUGGGGAAGAUAUAUGCAGCUAUUGAGACGGAGGUACAACUUCUUAAUAAAUUAGUGAAAGACUGUAGCUCUCUAAACCAAGAGCUUCAAGACAAGUGUGAUACAGUGCGUCGUGCAUGUGAUGAAGUUGAAACUGUGCCCUUACAGGGCUCUCCAACAGUGCCAUCUGCUGCCUUGCUCAUAGAGUGGAUAGAAGAUGUGUCUCGAUACUAUCAUACCCUAUAUUUGCAGUUAUCAAGUCCUUUGAAUCAGCUGAGCUACGAAGAUCCAAACUACAUGUCAUUGCUCAAAGAUGCUGCUAAGGAGGACCCAAAUCUAAAGGAACACAUAGAGAGGAUAAUGGCAUACACGCAAUACAUGGUCAUGGAGAACUGAAUGAUUUUAUAUUCCAGAAGAGGCAGCACUUGUAACUGAGUUAUCAUUAGUGCCAUCAGCCAUUACAUAAACAGUCAAAAAUAUUUUUAAGUUUGUGAAUUAUAUUACACAUACUAUUAUAAUGCGUGUAGAAGGACAAUGUUUACAUAUGCUUUCCUUCUGUAUAAUGAAGUGAUCUUAUUUUGUAAAUAAAGAAUGUUCAUAACAGUAA